AUGCUUUCAAAACUCCUCCUUCUCUCGCUGCUCGCCUCGAGUGUAGCAGCUGCAGGCGUUACUGGUACUCCCUUUGGCUUCGCUGCAGCAACAACUGGCGGUGGAGACACUGAGCCUGUCUACCCUACCACCACUGAGGAGCUUACCAACUACCUUACUGACGACGAAGCGCGCGUGAUCGUCCUGAACAAGGAGUUCAACUUCAUCGGAACGGAAGGCGAGAAGACUGAAGAUGGAUGCCGCCCAGACUCCAACAAAUGCCCUGGCGAUGGCGGCCAAGAUGCCAUCAACGGCGCAGACUGGUGCACCAAAUCUGAUUAUCCUUCCGUCUCUGUGACGUACGACCUCGCAGCGCUGACCCCCAUCAACGUCGGCUCCAACAAGAGUAUCGUCGGCGAAGGCACCAAAGGCGUGAUCCGCGGCAAGGGCAUCCGCUUCGCCAAUGGGGCCCAAAACGUCAUCGUCCAGAACAUACUUUUCACGGAGCUGAACCCCCAAUACAUCUGGGGCGGCGACGCCAUCACGCUCGCCGGGACGGAUCUGAUCUGGAUUGACCACGUGAAGACCUCGCUCAUCGGACGCCAGCACAUAGUCGCAGGCUACGACCCCAGCAACCGCGUCACAAUCUCCAACACGGAGAUCGACGGCUCCACAAGCUGGAGCGCAAGCUGCGACAACCACCACUACUGGGCGCUCCUGCUCAUCGGCUCCGACGACAAAAUCACCUUCGCCAACAACUACAUCCACCACACCUCCGGCCGCAGCCCCAAGGUCGGCGGAACGGACAAGGGAACCCUCCUCCACGCCUACAACAACUACUGGUACGACAACACGGGCCACGCGUUCUCCGUUGCGCCCGAGGAGAACGGCCGCGUACUCGCCGAGGGCAAUGUCUUCGAGUCCGUCACCAAGCCCAUCGAGGACGGCGUCGAUUUCCUGUACGCCGCCACCGACGACGGCGCCGCGUGCAGCAGCCCACUCGGCAGGACGUGCCAGGCCAACCAGCUGACCAGCAGCGGUGACUGGAGCGGCAGUGCGACCGACUUCCUGAGCGGGUUUGCUGAUGAGGGCGUGGAGGCUAAGGCUGCGAGCGAGGUUGCGGCGAGUGUUAAGAGCAACGCUGGUGUUGGCAAGCUGUAG